AUGACGAACUGGGACCCAAUUGCGACUAAAGCUUUACUACGGUCGACAUCGCAGCGUCUUGGUCAAAUUCAAGAGAGAAUAGACUCUCAAGCGCAAAUCACCCGACGUGAUAUUGCAACGUUAUUGCAACAGAAUAAUACUGCCCUUGCACGCGCCAAGACACAGAAUCUCAUACAAGAUGAUACAAAGGGCGACUUAUUGGAAGUGGUGGAAAUGCACGUCAGCAUGGUCAUUGAGCAUCUUGGCGAGUUGGACGAAGGGCGUUCACCGAGCCCUGUUCUUACAGAGGCUGCAGCCUCCAUCAUAGCUGCAGCUCCCAAUGUUAAUAUUAAGGAACUUAACGUCGUUUGUGAUAUGUUAAUUCAGCGCAUGCAUCAUCAUUUUUCUAGUUCACCCAAUAGUUUUGAAAACCACGUUCCUUUGCGUGCAAGUGUCUCUUCGGUCAUGCAAUUGCUACACUCCCCAAACCCAUCUGCGUCCCAGAUAAAUGACUGCCUGACAAAUGUAUCAAAAGUGUAUCAUGUAAACUGGGCUGCAGAACCUCCCCGGCAGGAUAUCUUGAAUAUGAUCUCUGAAAUUUUGGAUCCGCAAGGUUCACCUAUUGUUGACCUACCCCGUCUGCGGAGGCUAUGUUCGCAAGGGUUACCCGACGAACCUCCAUGGCUUAGGCCUAGGGUAUGGAAACUUUUACUGGGAACAGUUCCGGUCUUGAAGUCAACAUGGCAAAAAGAAAAUCGGAAACAACGAGACAGCUACUAUGAUCUCGUUCGCCGUUUGUUAUCACCAUUUAAUAACAUGCCAACACCCACGAAGCCGUUGAGCAACACAGAUACGACGCUAAUGAAAAUAUCCGAAUCUCUAUUUCGUCUUCCCCCUGGACUCUUCGACACGCUUGAUAGUGGCCCAAAUUGUUCAAUUUUGUCUCCAUUAGAUGAAAAUGCUGAUGAGACAGAGAGGAUUGGGUGCGUUCAUCUUCUUGACGCACGACUGCAGGUUCUCCGCGGACAAAUUUCCGCAUCAGAACCCGCAGGUAUUCCUGAGAUUCGCCUAGAGCCUGACGUUGAACCACUCGAGCUGUCACAAUUACCGAGCUUGGGUUCCAUUGCAUCCCGUAGACCAGGGGCACCCACCACAUUGUUACAUGCUGGACCGUUCGGUGGUUCCAGCGCACAUCCACAGCACAUGUCAGCCCUCCUCCGUCUGCUAUAUCUGCAUUCAUGCAUAAAUCCAGCAAACCAAUCUCCAGACAUUCCUUCCUUACUUGUACCGUUGUACGCUGUUCUUGUCAGGGAGGUGGACCCGGAAGAUUUAGCCCACGCUGAAGCAGAUACAUUCUGGUUAUUCGAAGCUCUCGUCGGGGAGUUUUCUGAACUGGCAGAUCAGGAAGGUGGUAAAGUUUGGAUGAAGAAAUUCAGCGAUCGAUUGGCACAAGCUGACGGAGAACUUGCUGCGAGUUUGCAUACCAAAGGCUUGGAUCCUAUGCUUCCACAUUACUCUUAUCGUUGGCUUGCACCUCUUUUAUCGCAAACACUUCCUCUCACCUCCCUCCUGCCCGUAUGGGAUGUGCUUUUCUCGUACCCAAUGAGAACUCGAGAUGAAAACCAUAAACUCGACGCCCUCGUUGAUAUCUGCACAAGUCUCCUUAUCCGUGCGCGCGCGCCGCUUUUUAGACUUGCAAAGCCUGGAGGUAAGUCACCGGGACUGUGGGCUGAAGAGCACGCUACCAUUCGUCCUUCUUCUCCGCUUCGACCAUGGGAGCUCAGCGAUGCUUUCCUCGAGGGCAUUGCUCUUUUGCAAUCCUAUCCGAUUGAUGCGGCUGGUGGUAUCGACCGGGUCUUGCAAACUGCACACGAUUUGGCUCAAAAGCGCAUUGAAGACAAUAGACUUUUGAAGUCAGAUAAUGUUACCCUCAGUGCUCGGAUCAAAGCCACCAUGUGGAAGGGGUUUACAAACCAAGUCGCUAAUGAUGAUGACGGGGAAGAGGAGGAAGAGGAGGAAGAGGAGGAAGAGGAAGACUCGAGUUCGGAUGAAGAGAGCUCCCACGAAGACGGCAAUGACACAGAAACUCCGGCUGCUCCAACUCUGACUUCACGUCUUGCCAAUACGGUUUGGAGAGGGAUUACCAACCAAAGCUCUAUGGAAGAUCCACCAUCUCCACCAUCUCCCAAUUCCCCCUUAAAACCACAGUCACCAUCGCUCCCUCAUCUCCCCCAGAGCCCCCUAGACCAAAUCACCUCAAACACACAUGUAAGCUCACAGCCUGCAAGUAUUUGGGGUUAUGCUGGCAAACUCAAGGACUCUGAUACCGUUGCGGCUUUCGCAAAAGUAAGCACAAAUUGGCGCGCCCGAGCGAUGGAUGCAUGGAGCAGUCGACGCAAUAGCUCGGCAUCGAAUGGAGAUGUAUCAUCACCACUGAGCGCGAAAUCUGAGUUACCACCCUCAGCUCCGGACAAGUGGUCACCGCUGAGAGAUGGUGCUAGCCGUUCUAGAGAUGAGAGUGCAGGAAGCUCGCUUCCUGGUAGCAGUCGAGGGACUACUUUCGAUCAACCUCCUCGCCCCGCAUUCUUUCGAUCGCCACGAGACAGCUUUUUGCCAAUGCCGCGCAGAGAAGGAACUUACACCGCCCCUCCAAGCCCAGAAGUCAGGCCUCACCAGGAAGAUAACUUCAUACACAAGGCGCAGGCUUCUCUGGUAUCCUUGGCUGCUUUACAAUCGCGCACCGCAACCUCACGUACAUCAGCCCCACAACAAUCUUCCAGGGGCCCGCCACGUCCUCUUCUUCUAAAUUCAAGCUCUUUGAUUACCGCGAGACCUCCAUCAGCCGCACACUCAGAUGGCGGAAUGCCAAUUAAACGGCGUGACGAGUGGAUGGGUGUCACCCGCAGCAAAGGACAUGGACUCCGCACUGACUCGGUGUCUUCGGUUUCAUCGCUGUCACCUUCUGAUGCCCUCAGUGGACCACACUCGAAACCAAGCGUAGGCUCUGACAUGGAAUCUGAUGGCAGAAGUCGGAGAGUGGCACUAAAUCGCAAGUCAAUAUCGCCAAUGGCACCCGCAUCCCGCGCGCUGCGAGUUCCUUGGGCAACUUCUCCUUUAAGCGCAUCUGAUGCAACGACGUGCGAUCCAUCAAUUACAACCUAUGCUAGGUCCGCCGCUGAAGACAGCUCGUCUGACAGGGGGUGGCGUGCAAAUGCUCCCGCUGAUUCACCCACAACAGUGUCAUCUCCGCCCAUUCCUCCAACACCUAUCACGACAAUUCAUAUCGAAGCGGGGAAGGUACGGGUGACUAGUGAAAGUCAGGAAAGCUCCUUUAGCGAAGAUAGCAUACCUCUAAGGCCGCCCACACCAAGCAAGGUUUCACUACGAAAGAAGACGCCACCACCUCUACGACAAGAUACAGACAAUUCUGAUUCGCAGGACUGGACGCCCUCCAGGAACCCCCAUGUGCGCUCGAAGCGUCACCUUCCAAAACUACCCAACCUGCGGACUCGGGACACCAACCUUCGGCCUACGUCUGUGGCUGAGCACAAGAACGUGAGCCCAAAUUCGCUCGCCCCUCCAGAGUGGCUCGAGGAGCAAGAGAUAGCCAUGACACCUCGUGGUCCUGAAUUUGGUGCAAGGGACCCCAUAUCACCAUCCCCAAAUUUUUCUUCGCAUUCCCCACGUCCUAGGCGGAAGACGUCCGGGGAUACGGUAGGGCGUUCACAGAAAAUUUUGGGAGAAUCGGUUGCUCGGCAUAGUAGAUCUUCCUUCUAUGAGGAGCGAGAAACUAGAGAUAGCGCUGCAGAGGAAGGGGAUGAUGAAGGCUACGAUGACAUUCUAAGCGCAUACGAGAGUGAGGAAGGGAGUAGGGAGUAG